AUGGCCAUGGAACCAUCGGCGGGCUACAGUCCACUCCCAGCGGGAGACGACGAGGACGGCGUAGGCGCCGAACAAGGUCACGGCCAAGAAGCUGCUGCGCACGACGACGUCCACCACGACGUCCAGAGUCUACUACCACAUGAUCCAGAGACAACAAGCGUGCCUGUCAUCGAGAUAUCUCCUCCCCCAUCGCCUCCAUCACCUUCUUCGCUUCCGACAAGGCACAAUACCGACCAAUCUGACACUGUCUCCGUGGCCCAAACUCUUCCACAGCCAGACCCAAGACCGGCGGGACAACCGCUCGAUAAUAGGAGGUACUCGAACUCGAGUGGAUGGAAGGAUCGCAUUUACAGUUCUAUCACCCCCUCACUUCACGAAGUUCUAGAGCUGAAAUGUGCCGAUCACAAUACUUCCAGAGAGUAUCGACACCACAAACAACGACACCGGCUUUUGCGGCUGACUAUUGGUGAAUGGUUCAAUAGCCUGAUCCUUUGUGUUGUAUACUUCGGCAUCCUCUAUGCCUAUUCCAAGAAGCAAACCAUCAGCGUCCCUCAACGCAGGAUCUUCAACGCUCUCACCACAGGCGUCUCUCUUCUUCUCGGAGUGAACUUGGCAGCAUCAUUGCGCAGCUACGCGAAGCUCCUCCGCUGGCGAAUAUUGGCGGCGUGUUACCGACCGCUUGAGACUUUCGAUCUCGUUAUGGGUUGCGAUAGCCUCUUGAACGUCAUCAAGCUACUUUGGAAGGCGCGGAAUCACCAACGCAGAUAUCUGCCGUCCAAGACCCAGGUUUUUUGUGCUUUGUGGCUUCUUGUCCACCUGGCGAUCACGGUCCUGGUAGGCAUCAUUGGUUUGAACUACAACUUGGACACCUCGGCCGAUUUUGUUCUCACACGAAAAGGCAGCAUCAGUAUCGUCGACUUGAACGCGCUUUCGACCGGCGACUAUCCGGCUGACUUGGCCGCAGUCCAAGAAUGGGGUGUUCGUGGAGAAAUUACAACUCCUUUGGACGAUGACAGUGAUGUUGUGGAGUACUUCCAGAGCUACUUCUCGGAUUCGGAUGGCUAUACCUUGUACUACUUCCAGGAUCAGAAUGCAGAUGACCCGAAUAGCAUCAUUGUGUCUUCCCGAUACAUUCAAUCACAGGCUUACUGCCAGAGUUACAACGUCACCGAAGGCCUGUAUGGCAAUCUGUCAUACAUCGUCUAUAUCGACGGCGACAAACACGUCAACAAAUCCCUCCCAGCGAGCCCAGGCCCAGGAGGGCUCCUCACCAUCUCCAAACUGAAUUCGACCUGCGGUGAAGGAUGCGUGGAGAUCCACACCUUAAAAGCUGCUGCAUACCCCGACGAUAAUGGCAGUGACGAUGACGACGACGAUGGCGGUGUUGACGAGGUCGAAAACGGGGUUGCGAAUUAUUUCGUCUGCAAUAAUACAGUGCCUCAAGUUGGGGACGACUACAAUGAGAUCACUGUCGAUUAUGAAAUCUAUACUUUUAUUGCGAGGAUGCUCGCAGGGGCAAUUGGAUGGAGUGACAAUCCUCCGAGUGCUGAUGGCAAAGAGGAAUAUGCGGUGUACACGAACUCGUCUGAGUUCAACUUCCUGGGGACGCUCGGGCCUUCUGAUAUGGCCAACAUCAUCUCGUCGUUCACAAUGGGAGCAAUUUCAUUCAUGGACAACUCUCCAGCCAUGUACAGAAAAACCGUCGCGAGCAAGGAGCAGCCCAUACCUGCGCAAGUUCUCAAGGUGACGUGGAGGUAUGCGGGGACUAUCCUAGGAGUCAUCCCGUUCAUCCACUUUUGCACGCUAGUGGCCGUCAUUCUCUGGGCGAAUAAAGCGAUCAUCAAGGACGACAGCCAUCUUGCCAUCGCUAAGGUCUAUCACACACUGCUGAACCAGCUGGGUGACCGGGGGUGUUUGCUCCGUGGUGGCGAAAUCAUUUCGCUUUUGGGGAAUCCACAGGUCGUAUAUGGAUGGCAGGCAAGCAGCGAAUACGACAGGGCCAUGCACGUUGAUGUCUUCCAAAGCUUGAUGAGUGUGGAGAAAGUAUUCGCCGAAGGCAUGUAUGAUGGGAGCAGCAAGUUGGACAGCAGCACCGCCAACACCGCGCGGGCUGGGAGUUUGCGGGCACGCUGCCGCGACGUUGACGCAGCAGAUUACUUCUGA